UCUCAGCCCAGAUUUUCUUUCACUGUGAAAAUGUUAAAUAAUGUUGUGUCUGUUCUGGUGGAAAUGGUCAUUUUGGGUCUGUUUGCUGCUCCCCGUGGGCAUCUCAAAGACACAGUAAUUUUAAAGGAGAGGAUUUUAAACUGGGAGGGAUUUUUCAAAGGAGGGAAUUUUAGAGGAAGGAAUUAAUUUAAAGGAGAGUAAAAUUCUCUUCUCUAAAAUUAAGUAGAAAAUUAAUUAGGGAAUCUUAAAGAGGAUAGAUCCCAUCUCUCUUCAUCCCUCUAAUUCAUCCAUCUUUCAGUGAAUUUUUGUCUCCAGCUCUCCUGUCCGUGCAAGUCUCCAUCAGAUCCAUCUGCCCAAUCCUGUCUUUUCCCUCCACCCUUCACUUAAAAUCUCCCGGAAUUACCCAGGUGUGGGCCAGGUCGCUGGGAGCAGCGCGGUGCCUCGGUUCUUUGCACGCGAGUGACACUAAUUACUGUCCUUGAAAGCCCCGGGGCUGAUUCUGAGAAGGUCAAAGUCAUUUUGGGGAACUCACCACAGCAGCUGUAUGGGCAGAAGGUGAAAAUGGAGAACUAAAAAAUCCAUCUGCUGGCUGAUUUUUCUUAGGAAAGAAAAUUUUUCUUAGGAAAAAUCAUCACUGAAAAAUCAUCACUGAAAAAUUGAUGAUUUUUCUUAGAAAAAUCAUCAAUUUUUUCUCAGGAAAAAUCAUCACUGACAUCUCCUGACGCCUUCCACGGUGGACCUGCUGGGGCCAGGGAUUUCACAGCCGCCCCGGUUCCUCUUUUUGGGGCUUGGAUGGGAGCCAGGCUGUGCCAGCGCCGCCUCAUUGCCUCCUCUCCUCUCCUUCCCUCCCCAGCCCUCUUCCCGAUCCUGCUGCUGGCGGGGCUCCUGAGCGCCCAGCGCUUCCCGUCCUUCCCCGAGUAUUGCCUCCACGACCAGGACUACGAGGAGCUGCUGCGGGUGGUCCAGGAGGGGCUGGAGCCCGCGGCCCGCCCGGCGCGCGUGGUCGUGGUGGGCGCGGGCAUCGGCGGGCUGACGGCAGCCAAGCUGCUCCGCGACGCUGGGCACGAGGUGACCGUUCUGGAGAGGAGCAGCUGGGUCGGGGGGCGGAUCCGGACGUACCGCCCCGAGGGACAGGACUGGUACGUGGAGCUGGGAGCCAUGCGCCUGCCGAGCAAGCACAGGAUUGUCCGCGAAUUCAUCCGCCAGUUCAACCUGAAGCUGAAUCCCUUCGUCCAGAGCGACAACAACACCUGGUACUUCCUGAAGGGCGCUCGGGUCAGGGCCGAGGAGGUGAACAGGAACCCCGAGGUCCUGAAUUACACGCUGAAGCCGUCGGAGCGGGGCAAGAGCGCCGCGCAGCUGUACCGGCAGGUCCUGAGCGAGGCUUUUAAUAAGUUCCAGACCACCAACUGCAGGAAGUAUCUGGCUGAGCACGACUCCUUCUCCACCAAGGAAUAUUUGAUCAAGGUGGGGGAGCUGAGCCGAGGAGCCGUUGACAUGAUCGGCGACUUGAUGAACGAGGACUCGGGGUUCUACCUGUCCCUCCUCGCCUCUCUGUGGGACUUCGACGUCUUCUCUGAUGAGAGGUUCGACGAAAUCACCGGUGGGUUUGACCAGCUGCCCAAAGCCUUCCACAAGGCGCUGCCCAACGUCGUCCAGUUCAACUGCACCGUGGAGAAGAUCAUAACGAAGGGAGACAAAGUCCAAGUGUUCUACCGCGCUCCGGACACGCUGGCCCCCACCGUGGCCACUGCAGAUUACGUCCUUGUCACCUCCACCGCCAAAGCUACCAGGCACAUCCAGUUCCUGCCGCCGCUGUCCCCCGCCAAGGCCCACGCCCUGCGCUCCAUCAACUAUGCCAGCGCCACCAAAAUCAUCCUGGCCUGCUCCGAGAAGUUCUGGGAGAAGGACGGGAUACGCGGCGGGUACUCCAUCACCGACCGCCCCUCCCGCUUCAUCUACUACCCCAACCACAACUUCUCCAGCGGGGUGGGCGUCAUCCUGGCCUCCUACACCUGGAACAACGACGCCGAGUUCUUCCUGCCCCUCACCGACGAGAAGUGCGUGGACGUGGUGCUCCAGGACCUGGCGGACAUCCACCAGGUGAGCAAGGAGUACCUGCAGUACACCUGCGACCAGCACGUGAUCCAGAAGUGGCAGCUGGACCAGCACUCGCUGGGCGCCUUCGCGGCCUUCACGCCCUACCAGUUCGUGGAUUACUCGCACGCCCUGUUCGCUCACGAGGGCCGCGUGCACUUCGCCGGGGAGCACACGGCCCAGCCGCACGCCUGGAUCGACACGGCCAUGAAAUCGGCCGUCAGGGCCGCCAGCAACAUCCACUACGACAUCGUCGAGGCGCCGGCGCCGCGCGGCGAGCCGCUGGGGGGACCGGCGCUCAAGCAGGAGCUCUGAGCGCGCCCCGGCCGUCCUUUGGGGGUGUGAGUCCGCUCCUUUCCGAGAAAAAUCGGCAGAACCGGGUGUCUUGAGGCAGAACCGGCUGGUCAAACGCCUCGCGGGGGGACGAGGGAGCGCUGGAGCUGUAAAUCAGAGCUAUGAGCGGGUAGGAGGGAGCGCUGAAAGCAGGCAGUGCGUGCCAGGACUCUGCUGCUCCCCUCGCCCACCGCUGCGGUUCCCAGUUUAUUUGUGUGCAGUGGAAUGAACGAGGAGAAAUAAAGGUGGGAAAUUCUGGUUUCCUUGUGUCUGAG